AACAAAUAUCUUUAACUAAACUCGGAAUCUCGUUUCUUGAAAAUGUUUCAUCUCGGCAAGCAGUUUCUUGGUAGAGCGCCAAAGCUCCACUUGAGUGCCAGCACCACUGUGACUGGGGCCGGAGUCCAAAGUGCCACCAGAAAUCUUAAUCAAACCAACAACAAACCCGAUCAAAAGCUUGUUAACCAUAAUCUUACCCAUAAGCGCUUGUCCAGCAGUAGUCAAAGUUCAAGCGUCAACCAAAUGAAGCGUUUAGCAGGGAAAGUUGCCGUGGUCACCGCCUCCACCGAUGGUAUCGGCUUUGCUAUUGCCAAACGGCUAGCAGAAGAUGGAGCCGCCGUGGUCAUCAGCAGUCGCAAGCAAAAGAACGUGGACAAUGCCCUGGCGGAGCUGCGCAAAUUGAAUCUGAAUGUGCACGGCCUGAAAUGUCACGUGAGCGAGCCGCAGGAUCGCAAACAGCUCUUCGAUGAAACCAUCAGCAAGUACGGAAAGCUCAAUAUAUUAGUUAGCAACGCUGCCACAAACCCCGCCGUAGGUGGAGUCCUGGAUUGCGAUGAGAAGGUCUGGGACAAGAUCUUCGAUGUCAAUGUUAAGAGCUCGUAUCUGCUAGCCAAGGAGGCGCUGCCAUUUCUGCGGCAGGAGAAGGGCUCCAGCAUUGUCUUUGUCUCGUCCAUUGCAGGUUACGAUGCCUUUGAGCUGCUGGGUGCAUACUCCGUCAGCAAGACGGCUCUCAUCGGCCUCACCAAGGCUGCCGCUAAAGAUUUGGCGCCAGAGGGCAUUCGCGUCAAUUGCCUGGCCCCCGGCAUUAUCAAGACAAAGUUCUCCAAAGCCCUAUACGAAGAUGAGUCAGCGAAUGAUGCGGCUCUCAUGAAAAUUCCGAUGGGCCGUCUGGGCACCAGCGAGGAGAUGGCUGGCGUGGUCUCGUUCCUGGUGAGCGAGGAUGCCGCCUACAUAACGGGCGAGGCCAUCGUGGCCGGAGGUGGUAUGAGUGCUCGUCUUUAAGUGAUUUACAUAAAUAUAUUUCCUUAGAGGCUAUGGAUAACAGCCGUGUUCACAAUAA